AUUUCUUGUAAAUACGACAAACAAAACAACUUUCUUUUACAAAAAACAAGAAAAAUAUUAAAAUAAAGUAUAAUAAAACUACAAGAGUAACGAAAAUAUAAUUUGUGAAAAUGGGUGCAGAUAACAAAUCGAAUCUAAAAAAGUGUGGUGAAAUACUAAUAAAUCUAAAAAAGAAAAAUAAGAAAUCAAAAACAUACACAUUUCAUUGUACAUUUUGUGAGACAUCAUGGGACCAAAUGAAAAAAUUUUCAAUGCAUCUAGAGGAGUUACAUUUACAACAUUUUGAAGAGGAAACAAAUGAACUUCCAAUGAUAUAUGAACCGGAAAUAAAAAUUGAGACGCCAGUUGAAAAUAAAAUUCCAGAAAUAGAUGAUAAAAUGCUGCUCACAGAUAUUGUAAAAGAAGAUCCCUUGGAAACAGAAGCUAUACAUGUUAACAAAAUGAAAACAUCAGAUAAUAAUGAACAUGGCGAAGUUCAGGUUAAAGACGAAGAUGAAGAAUGCACUGAUACCGAACAAAAUAUUAAAAUCGAAGAAAUGUACGAAAAUGAUUCUGAUGACAAUGAUGAUGAUUAUAAACCAUUUAAAGGAGAUGACAGUUCAUCAUGUGAAGAAAAAAUCGAUGAUUCUAACGAUAACGAUUCUGAGUCCAAAGAGGAACCAAAAAAGUUAAGAAAACGCCGUAAAAUAAAACUAGAGCGCCACAAAGCAAAUAAAGCCAUUCCCGAGUUAGCUAUAGAUUCUGAAGAAAAAGAUUUAAAUAUUGCUUUGUUGCAAGCGUUUGAGAAAAAACCCCAUCUCUGGGACGUAAAAGAAAAGUGUAAAAAUGAAGCCAUUUGUCAGAAGGGUUAUGAAGAAAUCGCAAUUGAAAUUAACGAUCAAUUUGAUACCAAUAUUACAUGGGAUUUUGCAAAAAAUCGAAUAAACAACAUGCGAUUUGAGUGCUCUUACGAAAUUGAAAAACAACAUAAUGGAGAAGAUUUUAAGUUGCCUUGGUACACUGAUCAUAUAAAGUAUUUGCAGCAAAAUAUCGACACAUUGACAAAAGAUAGGGCAAGUUAAAUAUAUUUCAAUAUUUUUUAACAACAUAAA